AUGAGUCAAGAAAACGCUGACAAAUCUUGGUACAAGUACCUUGAAAGUUUGCAAGAGACAUCAAAAUCAACGUUUCCGAGUCAAAGAGACAUAGUUCUUGCAAAAUUAAGUCAAAACAACUUAAAUGGAAUGAAAUUGUACUUAUUGAGUUAUAAUUGUCUCAUGUGUGAGAGUCACAUAUUUGAGAUUCGCAAGGACGAUAUUUGUGAGCACGAGUGCUGUUGGGCUUGUGCUAAACGCAUUCGUUGCAGUGAAAGCUGCAAACCUCUGCUUGUGUACGCACUACCAGUGGAAGAUCUGGAAUCUAAAAGAGAGAUUAUCAAUAAAUACAAACCAAUAAUUGGUCUUAAGAUAGUAAAGGUGGGAGCAACAAAGAAGAGGAAACACCCUAAAGAUGAUGAAAUGCAAGAAUAA